UCCACCCACCGGAAUCGAACGAUGUGCUGAUGGUGGCCGGUCACAGAGACUCGUACCUGCCCAGAGGAAGUGUUCAGACCCGAGGUUCAGACAGCGGGAUCGUCCACAGCUGAAAACAAGCCACAGGCAUGCAGAGAGUUGUUGUUGUGACCGGAGCCAACAGUGGCAUCGGCCUGGCGUUGUGUGAGCGGCUGCUGACUGAGGACGCCCAGCUCCUCCUGUGUCUGGCCUGCAGAAACAUGCAGCGGGCCGAGGCCGCCCGGGACGCCCUGCUGACGUCUCACUCCGAUGCUCGCGUGGACCUGCUGCACCUGGACGUGGGCUCUGUGGAGUCUGUCCUCGCUGCCGCUCAGGAGGUCAGGGCCAGAUACAGCAGAGUUGACUUUCUGUAUCUAAAUGCAGGAAUUAUGCCCAAUCCACAAGUGGAUCGCAAAGCCUUUUUCAAGGGCUUGUUCUCCAAGAAUGUCAUCAACAUGUUCUCUACAGCGGAGGGUAUCUUAACUCAACAGGAUCGAGUCAACGCAGAUGGACUGCAGGAAGUGUUUGCCACCAACCUCUUUGGUCAUUUCCUUCUGAUCAGGGAGCUGGAGCCUCUGCUGUGUGAGGCAGGACACACGUCCAGGGUGGUGUGGACCUCCUCCAGUAACGCCCGUCGCUCUGCCUUCAACAUUGAGGACCUGCAGCACAGAAAUGGGACGGAGCCCUACAGCUCCUCUAAGUACGCUUCAGACCUGCUCAGCUUGGCGCUCAGCAAACACAAGAACAGCCAGGGGCUGUUCUCCUCUGUGAUAUGUCCCGGACUGGUGAUGACUAACCUGACCUACGGUAUCCUGCCCUCCUUCUUCUGGACUCUCAUCAUGCCCAUCAUGUGGCUGAUCAGGAUCUUCACCAACACUUUCACACUGACACCCUCCAAUGGGGCUGAGGCACUGCACUGGCUGUUUCUUCAAAAGCCUGAGUCUCUGGAUCCAAGAGCAAAAUAUCACAGUUUAACAUCAGGGCUUGGAACAAACUACACUCAACCUCAACAGAUGGACAUUGAUGAUGACAUGUCCGAGGUCCUCUACUCAAAACUUCUUGACCUGGAGAAGGAAGUUAGAAGGAAACUCAGUGAGAGAAACGCUGAUGACAAAGCUUAAACUGUACCUCAAUGAGGUGGAGUGAAUAAAAGUGCUCGUAUUCAUUAUACAUGUGUUUUUAUAUGUGAUUAAAACAACCAUACUUCUACUA